AUGCCGCCGAGGAAGAGCAAUGUAUCGGCGGUGUCAAACGAAGAGAGUCCCGCACCGCCUAGAUCAGUACCGAGAGAGGAGAGCUUGGGUGUCGAGGACCUGAAUCUGCCAAAGUCUAUAGUCCAGCGCCUGGCCAAAGGUGUUCUGCCACCGAAUACCCAAAUACAAAAAGAUGCGCUCCUUGCUAUGAGCAAGUCCGCAACUGUGUUUGUCAACUACAUCACAUCAGCCGCCGCGGAAAAAGCACUCGCCAGCGGCAAGAAAACCGUCAUGCCGAAAGAUGUGUUCGAUGCAAUGACAGAGCUGGAAUUCGCGUCCUUUCUCCCUCGCCUCGAGGCCGAAGUCACCAAAUUCACGUCGAUACAAGCCGAUAAGCGGAAUACGUACAGGAAGAAGGUGCGUGAAGAGAAGAAAGCCACGAAUGGUACCGCCGAGGUUGCUACUUCGACUCCUGCGAAGUCAGCGGAAAGUGGAGACGUGACAAUGGAGGGUGCGGAUGAUGGUGGUGAGAGGGCGACGAAGAGGGCCAGACGGGAGAGUGGAGAUGCGGGUGAGGGAGAUGUCACUGAAGAGGAGGUGGACGAGACACAAGACGUGGAGGACGAGGAAGUCGAGGAUGACGAAAUCGAGGAGGAGGUUGUCGGAGAGGAAUUGACAGAAGAUCCGCUUGAGGAGAAGGAGGCCAACAAGGACGACGACGAUGACGACGACGGGAAUGAGAGCGACUGA